UAUACAUAAGAGUGAUAAUAUAGUGAUAGUAGGCGCGUUCUGCAACUGUUAUGAAAUUUUGCUAUCGCAGCCUCCAGAUAAUUAAAUACAUUCUCUUGAAAUGGCAGAGAUUGAACUAAAAAAAAUUGGAAUAAACGUUCUGAAAAGUGCUUCUGGCGAGAGUGUGGAGCUCCAGUCUUUAUGGCGUGACCAGCCUGUGGUCCUGUUUUUCCUGCGGAGGUUUGGCUGCCAGGUGUGCCGAUGGACAGCAGCCGAGAUCAGUAAAUUAGAACCAGCGCUGAAAGCUAAUGGAAUUAGUCUGGUGGGCAUCGGGCCUGAGGAGACCGGCAUGAAGGAGUUCAGCGAAGGGGGAUUUUUCAAAGGAGACCUGUACAUUGAUGAGAAGAAGCAAUGCUACAAGGACCUGGGCUUUAAAAGGUACACUGCUUUGAGCCUGGUUCCUGCAGCACUGGGAAAGAAAGUACGAGACGCUGCAGCUAAGGCCAAAGCUCAGGGGAUUCAGGGUAACUUCAGUGGGGACCUGCUACAGAGUGGUGGGAUGCUCAUUGUGACCAAAGGUGGAGGUCAGGUCCUGCUGCAUUUCGUCCAGGAUUCUCCAGGAGAUGAUUUGCCAUUGGAUGACAUAACCAAGGCACUCAGCAUCUCAGCUGAUGUACAGGCAGGGGAGAGACCCCAGUGCAACGAUGAUGUUUGUACCAGAUGAAGCCUGGUGACACCUUGGACAUUUUCAGUGAGCUGUCGAGUGGAAAGCUGCGACCCGUCAAGCCAAGCACAUGGGGUACAACUGUACUGUGACACAGGAUUAUUUAAGCUUCGUAACCGAAGCUUAAAACUGACACCCCAACUGGCUACAACCUAAUCAGUGUUGAUUCCUGAUGUGGUAGUUCCUGGAUGUUCCUUUCCUGCUUGUCCAUCAUGGUUUAUAACUUCUUGUGAAUAAUGUGAUCGUAUGAAGUUGCAUGUUUAUCUGAGAGUGGCCAGUCAAAGCCGGACACUUUAACACUUUCCUUGGGGCUCAUUCCCAUAAACUGUCUAGACACUUUGUUUUCCUUAAUGAAAUGCCUCCCAUAACAUCUAUAAUACAUUUUCUAAUGUAUGUUAUGCCUAAUCUAUUUUGUGGCUCACAUGAUCAAAGAUUCAGAAUAGAUGUUGAGGGAAAUGGCCGCUACCCGAUGAUUGUGUUUUGCAGGGCUCUGAAUACACUUUCCACAAUCAUUGUGAAACACACUUCAGUCAUUGGCUGUCUGAGCUGCCAGCUGUUAGUUAUAAGACCUUACAUGAUGUGUAUUUGUUAAACAUGGCAAGCUGAAACUCACAAACAAGCUAUCAACUUGUCAUUAAUCAAAUAUUUGUAAUACAUCUGGAAGAAAUAGGAAUAAAGUGGAUGAACUUU